AUGAACAAGGCUAUUCCGGUUUCAGUGUUGGCUGAUCAACUUGCUGAGUCGAAUGGGUUUCAGUUUCACAAUAUACUUUAUCAUUUGAAGUCAUCGGACUAUGUCGAUGAGAAGUUAUUGAAAUCAGAACUUUCAGUAUUAGUCGUGAAAAUACAGAAAUUGCUGAACUCAAAUAGUAACUACAGCAUUUGGAAAGGUUGUCAUGCUGCUGUUGUAAUUUGCACUUAUAACCCAUUGGUACUAAUGGCAUAUGGUGGUAAGUUAUUGGACAUUGUGUACCAGAAGUUAGAGAUUAAGGUGCUGCAAAGAUCUACCAAUUCUUUGGAUGCUCAAGGUAAGCAAGUGCUGAACUCUUUGGUCAACGCUAUCUCUGUUCUCAUGAAUUUAAUGAGAAAUAAGACUGGUCUAUCAAGAGAAUUUUUAGUUCCAAAAAUUAAAGCCAUAAUUCCAACAUUGAUAACAUUGUCCCAGUAUGAACCUGAAUUGGUGUUGCCUAUUCUUAGAUCUCUGAUUUUUAAGCAUACGACUACAUUCAAGCCAUUCAAUGCUAAGUUUAAGGUUAUCUUAACUCAAUUCUUAACAGAAGGAUUUGAUACUUUGAAUGAGCAUACUCAGAAAUUAGUAUGUGAUUGUUAUGCAUAUUUGCACAUGGUGAAGACACAAACGUACCAGCAACAAGAUGAGCACUCGAGUCAUCAUAAAACAUUCCAAGAUGAGAAUUGGAUGAAUGGAAUGAAUGCUGUUCUUGCAGAAUUCAAGCCACUUAUCGAGUUAUGUGGUGAAAUUUUAGAUUUCAGUCAAGAUGAAGAGUUGACUAAAUUGAUUGGAAAAAUGGUUCCACUUGCCGCUGAAAGUACUAGCAUUUUCCGCAGUUUGACUAUGGAUAUGAAUAAAUCAACUACUUUAUAUGAUAUACCUAAGAGGAUUGAUGUUUUGUCGAAGAUGCUGAUGAGCUUUAUUUCCGUACCAACGACAUACACAAUAAGAAUUCCAUUAGAUAAGCUGAAUGUUACUUGCUCUGCCUUGUUAAGUAUUACUUCUAAGCAUAUUCCUAUCAAACGUGAGUUACGUCGUGAUAUUGAACUUAAUGCCACAAUUAAUGAUGUAUUCACUAAAAUCCAAUUUGCUGGUAUUAGACUAUACUCAACAAUGGUCUCAAAAUUCGGAAACGUAUGUUUUUCCUACUUAUCAGACAUAUUCUAUGCCCUAAGUUUAUUCAUUCCUUUCAAGGAGAAGUCAUUAAAUAUUGACUUUGAAAAAUGUUUUGCCUUGAAGAGAGAAUUUUUGGUAGUUUUUGAUUUGGUAUCAAAAAUUAUUGCUAAUGUCGGUCAUCAAUUAACAGACAUUGAUUUCCUACUUCAAUUAAUUGAGAUUGGUUUGGAUCUUACUGAAGAGAGAUCAUUAAUCCAAAAUGUCUUCCAGCAAACCAACGCCAAAAAAGAGCAAGAGCUUUCGAAGACUAAGAAUAAAAAUAAAAAGGAUAAUAAGAGAGGUUCCCUAGCUGAUUUAUAUGUUAGUGGUUCUCAAUUUACGCUAGCAUGUGACCUUAAAACCUUUGAUACUUUGAACAAAUUUUUUAUCAGUAUUAUUGCAAAUCAGAAACUUGCUACAGCGCAGAUGACAAAAUUGAGUAGAUAUGCUAUAUUUACAGCUCAGACUUAUAAGCAAAACCUUGGUGAGGUCCCAACAACUUUUGUGGAACUUCUAAGAACUUUGGUUAUCCAACCAGGAAAUGAAAGAGUAACCAUCUUACCUAUGGCGGUGAACAUCAUCAAAGAAUCAUCUGAUGACGUAUUUGAUAUCCUAUCACACCCAAGACUUCCGAUGAGUAUUUUACAUUCUAUUGAAAAGUCUACCUUUGACAAUGGUGAAGAUGAUGAGGAUGAUAAUCCUGACUUGCAUGCGAACGAAAAACAGCAAGAAUAUAAUGAUCAACCAGUUGAACGUUCUGAACAGAAAGUAGUUGAUUUCGUUUUGGAAGAACCUGUUGCUGUUGAUGUAAAAACAAAAGAAACUGUACAAUUCAAAGACGGUAUCACUACUUCAGAGGACCAAGUUGAUACUAAGAGACCUAGGGAUGAGGAAUUUAUUAUUGAAAAAUCUAGCAGUGCCAAAAAGUUUAGGACGGAAAAUCAACCAGAAACUAUUCCAAUUGGCGUAAGUGAUGAAACAGUUUACCAAGAAACCGAGAAGGUUACAGUUAACGUUGACACCUCCUCUAAUGACAAUGAGGAUGAUGAGGAUGAUUCAGACUUCGAGAUCCCAGCAAUUGAAUUGUCAGAUGAUGACGAUGAAGAUGAAUAA